AAGAAAGUGAAGUAGUAUGUAAUACCCACCAUUCUCCCAAAGGUGUAUGUGAUGACUGAGCAAAGGGUUACUCGCAAGUUUCCACCAAUCCAAAAACCAAGAAAAACAUUGUAAAUAAGAGGUAAAAAGGGUUUAGUUUUCGUUUUCAGAGGGAAUGUUCGAGAGCUCUAAAGUUGACCUUGCAUGAACGGCUAAAUGAUCCUUUGGGUUUCAUUGAAUGCUUUUGUCGAACAACUCACGUAUUAAUAUAUCCAGGCUGAUAUGAUAUACGUAGGAUGUGAAAUGAUGUUUGACAACAAUGGUUGUAUAAAGCGAGAUUCUCGAGGGUCCUUGUCUCUAUGCCAUUGAGACCAGAAGCGAUUCAAGAUCUGAUUGGAAUUGCUUUUCCUUAUGCAAGACAGUAACCAAUUCCAAUAAUAGAGAUGAUCAGUUGUGCAUAUGAAAGAAAAAAAGAAAAAACAAGGAUUCUAUGGAAUGAUGAUCCCCUAUGUCUCUACUCUCUAUCUACUUACGGAGGAUCCAAUUAUCCUCAUAGGAUGAUUCAAUCAUCCACCUUUCUCCUAGAUUAUCACUAGUUGUUCAAGAAGCUGGAACUAUCAUAAAAACAAUUUUAAAACAAAAUUUAGAAUUGACUCAAAUUGAAAGGAUUUCGAAAAAAAUGUAAUGAAAGAGGUGGGACUCGAACCCACGAGCUUUCGCACUAGUGCCUUAAACUAGCUCCAUAACCACUCGGACACUCUUCCAAUUGUUGGUAGAUACUCUAUCUAUAGUUUUAUAACCUAGGACCAGUCUAAAUGUGAAACAGAAACCUAUAAAAUAAAAGAAAUGAUGGUUCAGUUCGUCUCUCAAAAACCAAUUACUUUUUUCAUUCUUUUUUUUUUUCAUUUUUUUUUCUUCUGAAGCGGAAGUUUGUUCACGUUUCUCUGUAAUUGUGCUCAACAUCAUCGUUUUUGCUAUCAUCAACACAUCUACGUCUUGUGUCAGAGUAAGAAAGGAGUUAGUUCUCUUUCUUCACCAAGCAACUUGGUUAUCUAUUCACCCGGCUAAUCGCAAUCUAAGCGAUAUCAACAAAUACGAUAAACACCAACAAAGAAAGACAAGAGGAACCGAAGUAAUCAAGGCAUUUUUCUUUUGUUCCUUCAUCGUUAUCCUCCUGUAACAAAAAGAAAAACAUAGCAAAGAAAAGAAAAGAAAGGAAAAACAUGCUUAUUUUUUGGUUUCUUGUCAUUCCUUACACGUAAACAUACGGAUACAAAUGUGUAGUCUAUUCCUAAGUACUAUUUGAUCGAUUGGUAUCGUUGCUUACGAUACUCUAUAACGAGGAUCCAAUAUAUUAUCCAACACAUUACUUGCUGAUAAUGGUUCCGGUUCCUGAUAGUUUUUAUCAAUCUAACGGGUCAUCAGUAUUUACAUGAAAAAGGAAAAGGUAUAUAUGCAAAGGUUGUCGGUUGCGCUUUACGCUAUUAUUGGUGCAUUUUUUUUCUUUGUUUCUUUCAUUUCAAGUUCCUUCUUAUUCUACUGCCUACUCUUCUACUAUACGCUUGAUCGUUGUUCUUGUUGGAUCCUAUAUAUCGGCCAUACAAAAACAGAUUCUAAAAGCGAUACAAAAAAAAAAACAGGUUCUUAAAGUUAAUACAAAGUUAUAAACGAACUUGUUCUUUUUCUAUACUUCGAAUACAAGUGAUUCCUUUCUUGCUUUCUACUUACAACUAGCAGUUAGCUACUCUAUCAUCUAGUGUUGGAUUGGGAUUGAAAAGGAACAGGGACCAUUGUAUUAAAAACAAUACUCCUUAAUAUUAAUACUUAAUAAUAUCUAGUAAUAGUUAUUCUCUUUUUCUGUAUUGUCAAAACAAAAAAACAAUUGAGAAUACAAAACAAGGGAAAAUAAAAAAAAAGAAAAACCUUUUGGACGAAACGAUCAUUUACUUUUCUUUUUCUUGUACGCGUUGUUAAACUCAAGCUAAAGGGAUUGCUUGUUAUCAUUUCAUUUUUGACUUUUUAUUUAUCAUCUUUACUUUUUCUUUUUGUUUUUGUUUGAAAAAAUAAAGAAUGCAUUUUUUUCGUUUGCGACCAGGAUUGCUCCGCCAUGGUAAACUCCUUUUGGGUGUUGGCGCAGGUGCUGCCAUCUCUUUGAAUAGCAUGGGUUUGACAAAUGAGCCCGAGGCUUCCUUCUUCCAAAAAGGGUUUUCUAAAGAAUUGAGUCAUCGUUCUUUUGGCGAUCUCGCUCGUGGCCUCUUUGUCUAUGAGAUUUGCUCUCGAGCUUGGUUGGUAAAGACCUCGAUUUCCGCUAUGAGUUUAUGUGAUACCCUUCAUCUUUCGUUCCUCUAUGCUCCAUUCUGCCGUCGUACUUUCUAUCGCCAUUUCUGCGGAGGUGAAACUCCCGCUGCACUCAUUCAAAACAUGCAAUCACUUCAAGCUUCUGGCAUUGCUCCUUGCCUCAACUCCUCUCGUGAAAUUGAUCUCCCCAGUGACAUUGAUCCUCGUCAAUUUGUUUCCACUGCCAAUACAGUCCCCGACAACAUUAAGGUUCCUGCUCCACCAGUCCAGCAAGAAAUGCAAAAUAUUGCCCAAGAGGCCUUUGACUCUUACCUCUACAGUAUUGACUUGGCCUCCAAGGUUGAAAACUCUACUUGUGCUAUCAAGUUGACCCCAUUCAUCAACCCCUUGGUCUUGUUCCGCUUCAAUGCUAUAUUGAAUAACUCUGCCAACCAACCCGCUGCUAAGUUUACUGAAAUGCUCAACGAUAACCCUUCUUUCUCUUCUUACGAACAGGAUGAGCUUCGCCGCUUCUGGUCGUUUUCUGAGAAGCUUUGUGAAUAUGCCCAGAAGAAAGGUGUUCUUUUAUUCAUUGAUGCCGAACAAACUUACUUCCAAGACACUAUCCAUUCCAUUUCUUUGGACUUGAUGAAAAAAUUCAACCAACAAGAAGCUAUCGUACAUAACACUUAUCAGCUGUACUUGAAAAAGACCAAGGGAAUCUUGAAUGAGCAUAUGAAACAAAGUGCUCUUGAAAAUUGGUUGAUGGGUGCUAAGAUUGUUCGAGGAGCCUACAUUAAUUCAGAGCCUCGUCAUUUAAUCCACGAUAGGAAAGAGGACACUGAUCGUGACUAUAAUGCUGCUAUGGAGUCUUUGUUUUUGGGCGCAUCCAGAGCAGCUCCUGGAAACAAAGGGGCUUCUCAAAUUCCCUCGAAAUCUCGUCAAGGUAAAUGGGGUAUUAUGAUUGCUACCCACAACAAAUCCUCAGUUUGCAAAGUUUUGGAUCUCUUGGAGAAGAAAAAGAUUGACACAAGCAAGACCUCCUUGUACAUAGCUCAAUUAUUGGGAAUGUCAGAUGAUAUUACUUACGCCCUUACAGAUUACCCGAGAGGUGAAAUUCCUGAAUUCCACGUUGCUAAAUAUGUUUCUUGGGGACCUAUCUAUCAAGUACUUCCUUAUUUGGUUCGACGCGCUCGUGAAAAUAUUGGUGCUCUUGAGCGAUCAACAGAAGAAAGAACUUACUACCGUCAAGAAAUGAGAAAACGCUUACAUAUUUAAUCUUUUUACCAAGCCACCCUAUCUGUUAAUAUCCCUCCUCUUCUUGUUUUAAUAUACCCAUGUAACAUCCCACCCCUCCCCCUUCCUUCUUCCUGUCUAAGUUCUCCAAUACCGCUAUUGGUACCCGUUCAAAAACUCUUCUUACAAUAAAAAGACACG